AAAAGCCGGUUCACUUGGUCGUGUAAGUUCAUGACGGCCAACUCAGUACGAGCGAUAACGGAGUGUUGGACGGUUCGUUCCAGGAGCGUCCCCAUGUACAAGUUUGUGUUUAUAUAGGCAACGAAGUCCGGCACGAUCGCGCCAAUCCAGUACGGACGUCCAGAGAGGUUAGACCUUCUAAGUGAAGUCAUGUUUUUACCGCUGUUGCUGCUGGCCACGUUCGCCGUGGGGAAUUUCGCCGAUGAAGAUGACGUUCGACCCGUUUGGGAUGUUAUAACGCCGUGCACCAUUCCGAAUGAAGUGGCCCAAGGAGUCUGUACCGCACCGCAGGACUGUCCAGCAUACCAGGCCAUAAACCAAGGACAAGAUCUUAGUUCCGUAGGCAGGCUAGGGUUCAUUCGGGCUCUCCAGUGCCAAAACGAGAACGAAACCAUGAUCUGCUGUCCAAAACUGGCGAGAGCAAGCUACCGCGAUCCAGAGCUAUCCACCAAUAUCCCGCGGAGGGUCCGAAACUCAACAUCCGAUCUCGCCUCCAGAUUCGGUGAAGACGACGACGACGAGUGCGGUGUGCAGACGUUUCAGAACAAGAUCAAGGGAUCGCUCACGGAGAUCGAUGAGUUCCCGUGGGCGGCGCUGCUGUUCUACCGGAACAACUACAAGGGAUGCGGGGGCGUGCUCAUCAGCCGGAACUACGUCCUGACGGCGGCGCACUGCCUGGCCGGGGCAAACUACGCCCGGCAUGGGCCACUUGACUUUGUUCGCCUCCGCGAGUACAACCUGUUCACCAACCCGGACUGCAUGGUCAUGGACGACGGACUGGACUGCUCGGAGGACAAGCUGGACGUGCGGCCACGCUCGAUCAAACUCCACCCAAGCUACCAACCGGACAGUGUUCAGCAGCACCACGACAUCGCGCUGAUUGAGCUUAGCCAGCAGGUGCGCUAUUCGGACUUUUUGCGGCCAAUUUGCCUGCCGGAACCGAACCUGGAACCUGGGUUGGAGCGGGGCAAAAUUCUCAGCGUUUGCGGCUGGGGCAGGACCGACUUGUUCAACGUGGACAUGUCCAGCCCAAUCAAGAUGAAGGCCUCGUUGCCGUUUGUGGAGCAAAGUCGCUGCGGAGAGUUGUACCGGUCGCAAGCGCUGUCGCUGGUCCGCGGUCAGAUUUGCGCCGGUGGUCGCAAGGACAAGGACUCAUGCGCGGGAGACAGCGGAUCACCGCUGAUGUACUACGACCGGCGUGAGGGCGUCUGGGUGUUGAGCGGAGUCGUUAGCCGGGGAACGUCCACCUGCGGGACGGUGGAUCGACCCGGGAUCUACACCAAUGUGAGGGAAUAUCUGCCAUGGAUUAAGCAAACGGCGAGGCUGUGAUUGGGGAGAGGAUCAAUCUUAUACUUAUUUAUAAAUGAAGUAAGAAAUUGA